CACUUCCGGCGCAGAUGGCCCCGGAUAAUCAUGGCGACCCUCAGAUCGUCUGUGUCGCUGUGGGGCCUGCUGACAGGUUCUCGGAACACCGAGCGGGUCUCUUUCCCGGCCCGAACUCGGCUCCAUCUCGGCACCCUGCUCCAGCCGCUGCCCAGGCCCUGCGGGGCGGGGUUGCCAUGCCGUCGGCUUGCCUCUGAGGCGGAAUCUGGUAGCUCAGAGAUCAAGAAACCUACAUUUAUGGAUGAGGAAGUCCAAAACAUACUCAUCAAGAUGACAGGCUUGAAUCUGCAGAAGAUUUUUAAACCAGCUGUACAAGAACUGAAGCCACCAACCUAUAAGCUGAUGACCCAGGCACAGUUGGAAGAAGCUACAAGAAAGGCAGUUGAGGCAGCUAAAGUACGAUUAAAAAUGCCACCGGUUCUGGAAGAACGAGCGCCAAUAAAUGACGUGUUAGCUGAAGAUAAAAUUUUGGAAGGAACGGAAACAGCCAAAUAUGUGUUUACUGAUAUAUCAUAUAGCAUACCACACCGGGAGCGUUUUAUUGUUGUCAGAGAACCAAGUGGCACGCUACGGAAAGCCUCUUGGGAAGAACGGGACAGGAUGAUACAAGUUUAUUUCCCAAAAGAAGGUCGUAGGGUUUUGACACCAGUAAUUUUCAAGGAAGAAAAUCUUAAGACCAUGUACAGCCAGGACCGGCAUGUUGAUGUCCUCAAUCUCUGUGUUGCCCAGUUUGAGCCAGAUUCUGCUGAAUAUAUCAAAAUUCAUCAUCAGACUUACGAAGAUAUAGAUAAACAUGGAAAGUACGACCUUUUACGCUCAACAAGACACUUCGGUGGAAUGGCUUGGUAUUUCGUAAAUAAGAAAAAGAUUGAUGGUUUACUGAUUGACCAGAUUCAGAGAGAUUUACUGGAUGAUGCCACCAGCUUGGUCCAGCUGUAUCACAUGCUCCAUCCAGAUGGCCCAUCGGCUCAGGAGGCCAAGGAGCAGGCUGCUGAGGGAGUACAUUUAAUUAAGGUCUUUGCAAAAACAGAAGCCCAGAAGGGAGCAUAUAUAGAAUUAACACUACAAGCUUAUCAAGAAGCAUUCAUUAGCCAUUCUGCAGCUUCCUGAAAGUAUUUUUUUAAAUAAAUUUCAUUUUACUUAAAUUAUAACUAGCUUUCUGUUAAUGUUGAGCUGAAUGUUUAAAAAUGUCAAAAUGAAAACUACAGAUGGGAGUUACCAACAAAAUUGUUUUUUAACAGUG